AUGGGCCUCAUCGGCCUCGUGUUCGUCAGCGAGCAGGAGACGUGCGCAGACAUGAUUGCUACCGCCCAGUAUAUCGACAGCCUCGAUGCCUCCGGCUUGGCAUGCUACGAGAUCCCCGAGGGCCAGAGAGGCAUCCACCUCUUAGUCGAUACCCCCGGCUGCCAAGAAACCCUCGUCUAUACCGAUGAGUUCUACGAUAUUGGACACGAGUGCAACGCCAUCGAGGCCUUGAUCGGCUCGACGGCCCCUCUCCCUUGA